CUACUGUGUUCGAUUCCACUAAUAAAGGGACCCUUCGGCCUAAUGAGGAUCCACUGCAAAAGCAGGGGAGUGCUUUUAAGCCUAUGCAAUUACCCCAAUUCGGCUGGGAAAUCACCUUACCUGAAGAUGUCUCUCCAGAUGAUCCUAUUACUUUAUUUACUAUGUAUUAUACCCCUGAAAUCAUCGAUUUAAUAGUCAAGAAGACAAACGAUUAUAUACGAAAACCUCAAGACGAAUCCUGCCCUUAUAUACAAGCAAACGAAUAGUAUCUAACAUAUCAUAGAGAGAUUUAUAUCUACCUUACAAUUCGGAU